AUGGAGGGCGGUGGAUCUUUGUACGAGGUCGACGACACAGCAGCCUCCCUGGCGGGCGACUCGUCGACUGUAGCGACAGUCCCUCGGGGCCAGGUCCGGAAAGUGAAGAACAAGAGCGGCCAGGAAGAAGACAAAGUUGUCCUGAGGCUGCGCGCCUGCAUUUCCUGUCGCCUUAUUAUGAGCGAGCAGCAGUUCUACGAUGAAGGCUGCCCGAACUGCGGCUUCCUGCAGAUGGACGGCGAUCGGCACCGCGUCUGGGACUGUACGACAGUCAACUUCGCCGGAUUCGUCGCGAUUAUGAAACCUACGUCUUCUUGGGUAGCUCGUCAUAAUAAACUGACUGAAGUCGUCCCCGGUUGCUACGCGGUGUCGGUUGUGGGCGAACUUCCCGAAUCCGUGAAGGACGACGUUCACCGAGCUUCGCACUACGCAGACUGA